GUUUGCUGAGGGCGCCGCUGGGGAGCUGCCCGCCCGCCGUUGUGCGUGUGCCCUGCGGCCGGGUCCCUCCGUUCCGGCCUCCGUUCCGGCCUUCCCCGGGAGCGCGGCCAGGCCGCCGCUCGGCUGCGGCGGGUAGCAGGUGGCGGGUGGCGGUGGGGACGGGCAGCUCCGGGGAAGGGCACGCUCCCAGCAGCCUCUGAAAAUUGCUGGCCCUGAGAGCAGUUUUCAUGCAGAGUUUCCUCUGUGAGGUGCCCUGGAUUUCAGUGGGAGGAGGCUGUGAGCAGUGACAAGGAACUGUUGGCCGCCAGGUUUGAGUGCCUUGUUUUUCUGCUCAAAGUACAAAGUUUCACAACAGGUCAGAGGUGUAAAUCCAGGCAGCAGAGCUGGUGAAACAGUUAACUCACGUCAGGCUAAUUACGAGUAACCUGUGUGCGGAGCUGAAAGCCUUGGGAGGAAUUUGGCAGGAUGAAGCCCGUCAUUGUGGUGCAUGGUGGAGCUGGCCGGAUCUUUAAAGAACGAGAAGAGGGAAGUCGUGCUGGUGUUGUCAGAGCUGCACUGCGAGGUUAUGGUAUCCUGAAACAGGGAGGCAGUGCCUUGGACGCAGUUGAGGAGGCAGUACGAUCAAUGGAAGAUGAUCCUCAUUUUAACGCUGGCUGUGGAUCUGUUCUAAAUGAAAAAGGUGAAGUAGAAAUGGAUGCUAUUAUUAUGGAUGGAAAAAAUUUAGACUCUGGAGCAGUGUCUGCAGUUAAAUGUAUAGCAAACCCCAUAAAGCUUGCUCGACUUGUCAUGGAAAAGACGAAGCACAUGCUGCUGACUGACCAUGGUGCACACCUGUUUGCUCAGGCCAUGGGUAUUCCUGAGACUCCAGGGGAGAAACUCAUAACAGAGAGAUCCCGGGAGAGAUGGAAGAAGAACCUCGAGCCAGAUUCCAACCCUGAGGAAUUUCAGAAAGACCUUGGAACGGUCGGUGCUGUUGCUAUAGACAGUGAAGGAAAUGUAGCUUGCGCAACAUCCACUGGAGGACUCUCUAAUAAACUGAUUGGUCGCGUUGGUGACACAGCAUGCGUAGGAAGCGGAGGUUAUGCUGAUAACUGUUCUGGUGCCACUUCAACCACAGGACAUGGGGAGAGCAUUAUGAAAGUGGUCUUAGCCCGACUGAUUCUCUAUCACAUGGAGCAAGGAAUGUCACCAGAGAUGGCUGCUGACACUGCAUUAGACUACAUGAAGACACGAGUUGGGGGGCUAGGGGGUGUCAUUGUUGUUAACAAUUCAGGGGAGUGGGCAGCAAGGUUCUCCACCAAGCAGAUGUCGUGGGCGACUGUGAAGGAUGACCAGCUGCAUUAUGGGAUUCAUGCUGGGGAGAGGUUUACAAAGCCUGUUGAUGAAGCACUUGCAUCUGAAAGUGGGAGAUUCUGAUAUCGAAGAAACAUUGACCGAGGAAGAAUGAAGGUUUCUAGGUUUUGCUGGAAUUUCAUCAUUCUGAAGGAUCUCUGUUCUUUUGAUUGGUUCAAAUUGGCGUUGCCACAAUUACAGUCAAAAUGAAAUCUGGACAUAGUUCUUCAGUGGCCAUGGAUAUAUGUAUAGUUUUAUUAAUACCUUCAGGAGAUCCUCCUUUUCUGGAUAAGAAAGAGAACAGGCAUUAGGUUUAUUGGUUAGUAUUGAUUAAUCUUACAUUAAAGGGAGCCUGAUUCCUCAGUAUUAGAGGAAUUCCUUCCCAUGCCUGUUCUCAGAGACUGCUGCCAGGAUGAUUUGAGGUGAAUACCUAUUAAAACCUAAUUAGAAAUUGAAUUUUGACAAAUGCAUCAUUCUCCAGUCUUUUGAGCAGUCAUCCCAUGAUUACAAAGUGCUGUCAGUGAAACGCCACCAAACAGCAGUGAAGAGUUAAGAGUACGCCAUUGUCACAGGCUUAAGGUAACUGUCAAGGGAAAUAAUAGUGAAGUAAAGAAAAUAACUUUUCUCCAGAGAUGGGAAAUGUGAUGCUUUCUAAGGAGUCCUAUUUUAUUCUAUUCAUUGGCAUCAGACAUACAAUUACAAAACAGAGACCACAGCAAAGUAGGCUGCAAUACUUCAAAGUGUAGGUGGGUUAUUAUUGACUUAAUAUCUGGGUUAAUAAAGAAGGUCAUGGUUUUAACAAAUAUAAAUAAAACAGCAAUCUUUACUGAAAUACAAAGGUGGUAGGCACCUUGAGACAGAGAGAUGAUGAUUAACUGGAAAAAUAAUUACCUAAAUUGAAGUGAUAAAAGCAAGCUGUACUAAAAUAAAACUACAUGUUAAUAAGCUGCUUGUGUGAAGUCCAAAAUAUUUUCUGGAGAUUUUUUUUUUUUUGAAAAAAAGAAUUUAUGUUCUACAUUACCUCAAAUGCAGUUGGUUCAUUAAGAUUUUGUAUUUUUAAAUCAGCAAAAUUUAUUUUGCCUGUUUUCUGACUUAACUACAGAAUAUUUUUGUGUUAAUAUAAUAAUUCUAUGGAUUUUAGCUGAUGACUAGGUUUCCUCAGAGGACAGAUUUAUAUACUAUAGUUGCAUGCCAUCCCAUCAUACUGUGGAAUGUUCUCUUUAUGAGAUAACCUAAGUGAAACAUAGCAAAAAUCUUAAAUCAUAUUUCAAAACUACUCGUACAUGUGUCCCAACUACAAUAAGCCAAGUUAUUGAGUUGGCUCACACAGAAUGGUAAGGUUGCCAAGGCUGCCUAACCCGCUCUUUACUUUGAUCCACAGUUUAUUAGAUGUUGCAGAUGGCUGGGUGUGGACAGCAGUGGUUCGAGAGUAGAUGGUCAUGCAAAACAUAACUGUGGAGUCUUUGCAUACUUUCUUUCACAGGAGAUAAUGUAGAAGAUGGCUACUAUCUGAUCAUCAGAAGUUUAGGAAACAAGAACAGUAUUUAAGAUGUGUCUAUCUAGAGAGAGAAGUAGUCACCUUCUCAGUAAAAAUUAUUUCCCCUUCUAUGAUUGUGAUACCAAUCUUACAGGGCCAGAAUGUACUCCAGGGAAAUAAGCAGUAUUGUCUUAGCUUUGUUUGCAGCAUAUGAAGACAAUCUGGAUUUUUGUGGUCAAGAUUCUGCUUUGUUUACCUCACCUGUCGCUAGUGCUGGAUUUCAGCACAGGCUAUAGAAAACAUGAUCUUCACAAGUUCUGCCAAAUCUCACUUUGCAGUGUAGUUUGGAUGAAAUUGCUAAAUUAUUUUUUUAACCAAAAAGAACCUACUUGAAGGAUGUUUUCAAGAGCUACAUGGAGAUAUAUAGGCAUAGUUGUAGUCCGUACACAAGAGAGGAAUAAUACAAAUAUAUUGUCUUAUCUGUGCUUUGCUGGAGGGUGUGUCCCUAGUAACCAUUCCUUUGCUUGAACUAGAUGGAAAGAGGAGCUUUUAGCCCAGGACUACCUCAACACCUGGUGUAUCAUCUUUGACAAGCUCUGGUUUUCUAAUAUUUUCUGAGUGGAUGCAAGCCUGAUCUGGUCAUGGUCCAAGUUGAUCAAAACUCAGGCGAUAGUUAGUGUGGCAGCAAACAUAGUUAGGACACCCACUGAGUAGAUUAUUGGCUGGGGCUUGGCACUAUGCUAACCUGCACAGCUGACUUUUUGUUAGCUUUAAACAAGUUCACAUCUGUCCAGAAGGUACCAUCAACCACAGCAGCAGUACAGAUACGAUCUCGGAGCUGUCAGAAGAAAUAGUAAAUGGUUACUGUGGUUAAUUCACCUCAGCUGUUCUUGGGAAUAUAAUGUAAUAAAUUGGUGGCGCUUAGCAAAGAGUAUCAUCCUGUAUACAUUCUUCUGUUGCUCAUCACCAGACUUGCUGGGCACCUUCCAACAGCGCGUUAAGCAGCGUGACUACCAUCUGGUCUGUAUGAUUUGUUCUGUCUCACCCGCUCCCUGGUAGCAUACUCUAUAUUCCUGUCUUGUGAAAAAAAGUAUAUGGUUUUCAAAAACAUACAUGCGCCGUUCCGCCUUUCUAGUUCACGUGGGGCUGGGAAUGAGGAACUGUGUCUUGCAUAUGGAUUGAUCACACUUGGAUGUAAUCCUGAGGCUGUGUGGAGUUUGCUCUACAGUUCAAAUGAUGGAAGCUCAGGCAAAGCACUCGUAACCAGCGGUCAGGGCCAGGUGUUUUUCUUCCAUCUGGCUGACUGAGUCAAUGCUCCUCACAAACAUAUGAUUUCCACACGUAACCUGGGCAGCAGGUAAACCUCUUCUGGGACAAUGUUCUUUCUCAUAAGAAGGUGGGAUGACAGGUCAGGGGUGGGGUAGUCCUAAUUUGUGAAGAAACUGGAGAGCUGGGGAUGAAGCUGUUGUUUUCCUUCUCUCUUUACCCUUUCAGUCAUGUUUUUCAGCUAGAACAGGACAAGACACUGUUGCUCCUGAUGUAAGAAGUUGCUGGCGUUGCACAGGGCUGCUUAAGUUUCUAAUAUGCUUACAUGCCCCCUGACCUUUGAGAAUACUGAGAUAUUACCCUUUAUAAGGGCUUUAAUUUAACAAGUUUUAUAAAUAGGAUCAAAAGCCGCUGAACUUAAGGGGGAUACUGACAGUAGGAUGGGAAGUUUUGUGCCACUGCCUUGCACUGCUGCUGGAAAUAAGUCUCUAAUCCAAAUGGCUGUGACCUGGAUAUCAAAGGAGGAAAACUAGAGGUCUGUUGCCAAGAAACUGGGUGUCCUUGGCAUGUAGCAAAGCAGCAACAGAGUUUUAAUUAUCUAAUUAAAUGGUGGCAUCCCGUUAUUUUAUAUAAUUUAGAAAGUCAGUUGUGGAUGUUAUCCUGCUUCUUUCUUACUAUGCAGAAAGGGUCCCUGACCGGAGCAGGUACCCACAAUGGGUAUAUAUCAAAUCUAAGGCGUUAACAAAACCAGCAGAGCAUUGGUCAAUAUCUUUGCUCAUAUAUUGUUAGUUCUGUGCAGGUUUUCCUUCUUAAUCUUUGCAACUUUUAAGUAAUUAAAGAUUGUUCUGUAGGACAUCAGUGUUUUAAAAUUUGGGUUUAUUUUUUUCAGUGUUCUACUUUGUCCUGCAUUUUAGCUCUGUGUCUCUGGGGUGGUUUUCAUUGACUUUGAAAUCUAUCUUGGCAAAGUUUAAUGCCACUCGCUGUAUUGCUUGUUUCUCAUCUGGUCUACUUUUCCUUUGAUAUGCUCUGAUAAAUAUUUGCUGUGGGACAGAUUUCAGUCUUGGUUACAUCAGUAUAAAUGAAAAGCACAGUCGCUGAAGUCUGUGAUUACAUUAGAGGAAGUGAAAUCUGAAAUGGUCUUGCCUGUCUGAAGCCAGGAGCUCUCUGAGUAUUGAAACAGCCUUUGCUAACGAGGGAUAGAAAAGAGAGAGGACAGAGUGCAUGCUGCCAGGAGUCACCAUGUGCACGAGACAGGACUCUGGUCUCGAGCUGUGUCAGGGUGAAGAUGAUGCCCCAAGGAAAUAGUUAAAUAUGCUCACUGGGAACUAAAUAAGUGUCAAAUGACUCACAUAAAAGAAUCUUAAGAUCACACAGGCAGGGCGAGCAAAGACUCACUUUGUUGUAGAUGUGUAAACCACGAAGGAGGGGAAUCUCAUUUUCCUUUCCACUG